CACUGUAAGAGUAAAAUUUCCCAAUAAGUCUGUGAAGUGACUUCGCGAGUAUGAGAAUUGUGUAUUCUUGAUUACCUGCCACACUGCAUCCAGCGGUGAUCUUUGGUUGAAUUACUGUGCAACAUUGAGGGUUACAGUAUGGUAGUUUUCUAAUUCUGCUGUUCCUCCUGCAUUUAUUGCUUGGUACUCUUUUUUUUAUAGAAUACAUGUUUUUCUCUGUCUCUCUUCUCCCCCCUUCUUUUUCAAUAACAUUAUGGACCACUGAUUAUUUUUGAUUAUUUUUCUUUCCAGUGCUGGAGUUUGAAUCCAGGGCUCUACACAUGCUGGGCAAGUGCUGUGCCACUGAGCUACAUCCCCAAUCCCAGUAUUACUCAUUUUGAUACUCAAAUAUUCCUAAAUUUGGUCUUCAGACCAACUCUUAUAUUCUUUUGACGUGACUUCUUAGUCACUGAUUGCUUCUUCGACAUCUGGCAAGUUCCAGGGCCCACCUGGAGUCAAAAUCCUGGAAUCAUCAGUCUCUCCAGAAUCCCUGGCUUCCUUUUGUAGGAGAUGAAACUUAGAAACCAAGAUCCAGGGCAAAAUGUGCUCAUGCUACUGGGUAUCAUUGCUAGGGUCAUCACAGAUGAGAGAAAAUAAAUGAUCAUCACUUGGUCUAUUGAUAGCUGCCGUGAGAGCUUGUCUUCAUGGAUAAUACAAAAGGGUAGACUGUAGAGGAAGAACUUUCAUGCUAGAGGUAAGGUAGUGCAUUAUGGAAGUGGGCUGAAACGUAGGACAGGAGGAAGUUGUACAGAAAGAGUCCAUGCUUGUGCCAGGGCUCUGUGAGUGUACAGGCUGUCGGUGGGGUCUCUGCGGCUGAGUUGAGCUUCCUGCUAAAGACUUAGACUGGAAAAUAAAAUAUAAUAAAAUAAAAAAAGACUUAGACUGGAGAAGACCAGGUGGCCCUCAGAAGAUUCAUUUUCCAAAAGGUGCCUGCACCUGGAGCCUCCCGCAAGCCUUGACUCUCAGGACUAUUUCCCAGCACCUCAGUCUGCUGCCAUGUCCGACCCCAUUACAUUGAAUGUUGGGGGGAAGCUCUAUACAACCUCACUGGCAACCCUGACCAGCUUCCCUGACUCCAUGCUGGGGGCCAUGUUCAGUGGAAAGAUGCCCACCAAGAGGGACAGCCAGGGAAACUGCUUCAUUGACCGUGACGGCAAAGUGUUCCGCUACAUCCUCAACUUCCUGCGGACCUCCCACCUGGACCUCCCUGAGGACUUCCAGGAGAUGGGCCUGCUCCGCAGGGAGGCUGACUUCUACCAGGUGCAGCCCCUGAUUGAGGCCCUACAGGAGAAAGAGGUGGAGCUGUCCAAGGCAGAGAAGAAUGCCAUGCUGAACAUCACGCUGAAGCAGCGCGUGCAGACGGUCCACUUCACUGUGCGGGAGGCCCCCCAGAUCUACAGCCUGUCAUCCUCCAGCAUGGAGGUCUUCAAUGCCAACAUUUUCAGCACGUCUUGCCUCUUCCUCAAACUCCUUGGUUCCAAGCUCUUCUACUGCUCCAAUGGCAAUCUCUCCUCCAUCACCAGCCACUUGCAGGACCCCAACCACCUGACUCUGGACUGGGUAGCCAAUGUGGAGGGCCUGCCGGAAGAGGAGUACACCAAGCAGAACCUCAAGAGGCUCUGGGUGGUGCCUGCCAACAAGCAGAUCAACAGCUUCCAGGUCUUUGUGGAGGAGGUGCUGAAAAUUGCUCUGAGUGAUGGCUUCUGCAUUGAUUCUUCUCACCCACAUGCUCUGGAUUUUAUGAAUAAUAAGAUUAUUCGAUUAAUACGGUACAGAUAAAAAGACCCCAGCAAAUCUGGGGAGGGGGUUCCCAAGAAGCUCCGUGUCAGCCAAGCCUGGAGAGUCUCGCCAGUGGUGUGAGGCAGGGUACUAUACUAACCGGUAUUAAUUGCAUAGCAGCACUUGAUUCCCCUUUGAUGACGUCCAUCUUUUGGAAUCUGCACAUCCUGAGCAGAACCACCCUUUUCUUGCCAUUUUGAGCUAGAGAUGGGCAGUGUAUUAUGACAAAUGAAGAGUUAGCUGGUGUGUACAGAGGAGUCUACAGGAGGACUUUCUAGCUGGGUCAAGGAAGCAGCAGUUUCAUCUCUGCUUCAUCUCUGUGCACGUGCCUGUGCCUCAUUUACCAUCCAUCAAAAGAGCCCCUGGAAGCAGAGGAAGUGGGACAAGAGCAAGGGGCUCCUUUCAAUUUCCCAGGACAUAAAGCACCCGCAGAUCCCUCCACCCCUGCUCUUCCCUCUCUAGGAUGUGACCAGGACCUUGGCCUUACUUGUCCAAGGGUGACCAUACUUAGCUGGCUUAGGAGUGCAAUGUAUUCUCAGAGCUCUUUAGUGCCCCUUUUUCAGGGAAAGAGUUGAGCCUAGCCAAGAGAGCAGCCCGGCAGGAUUCAGAAGUUGGGGAUUUCUCUCUCACUGACGCUGAAUCUAGGGAUUUCUGGCUUCAGAAAUGGGGUGCUGUCCCUGCAAAGGUAUUAAAGUAUCUGAAGCCAGUGUAAUAAAGAGCACUUCGUAACCUAGCUGAUACUUGACCUUUGCAGUUCUCUUCCCAAAAAUUUGAGGUAGUACUGAAACAGUUCCAUUUGAACAAAUAUAUUACAAACUCUCAGGGCUGGAAAAUAAUCCGGUGGUCAUUCAGCCAUCCCCAGCCCCCAGGACACCCCAGCACAUUUGGGGAUGAGCACCUCUGCUUGAGUACCUCCUAGGGGUCUCCUAUGCCUGUUUGCAUACCUCUGGUAACAAGCAGCUCACUGUCCCCACUGCCGUGUUUGGAUGGUGCUGACCGUUAGGAAGUGCUUCUUGGAUGAAGCAAAAAUUUGUCCUGCCAUUUCUGUACGCUAGGUCUUGGUUUCAUACCUUCCUUAUCACCCAAGUGUGUAUCUUUGCUUUCACAAUAGUCACCUUGAGAGAUCAGGCACUUUCUCUGAAAACUAUGACUCAGAAUUUGGAUCUAUAUUUGGAGCCAAAGUGAGGUCCUUUCCAUCCCAUGUACGUCAGUCCCCUUUGCUUAUGGUGUUACCUUGUUUGUGACCCCACCCCACUUCAUCCACGUUCCGUGCCAGCCAUGGUUCCGCAUGCCUUUGGACCAUUUUUGGUUGGGAGAUGAAGAUUCGCUGCCUGAGGAGAUCUAGAGGAAAGAGGGCCUUGGAAGGCAUUUUGCAGCCAGGAGCCCAUGUGUCGUGUCUGAACUGUCAUGCUGCCCUUGGAGUAAGCGCCCAGCCCCUAAGAUACUUCUCAAGAAGGUGGCCUUUGCUUGUGGUGUUGUGUCUGUCCUAACCAGUCCAUGGUGAUGCAGGAUAAGGAGCCCCAAGCCACUAGUUCCCAGUAGGUGAUGAGCCUUGCAGGCCUCCAAACUGCACAUUAUGAUUCAUCUCUGGAGUGAAUAUGGCUUCCCCACUGGAGAGAGGCACUCAAACACACAGAUAUCCAGAAAGGUAGACCAAACAAGGGGCUCCCACAGUAACAUUCAUUGAGCAGGGAACCUAUAUGCUGGGCCAUAGGCAAGGCUAGGUCUUUCAAGCAAUACAGGCCUUUCCCUCCCUACAGUAGGACCCAGGAGUCUCUGUGACAGCUGCCCCAGGCCACCAGGUCAGUGAUAUUCUGGAAAUCCCCUCCAAGAGAAUCCAGUUCAGACUAAGAAGCUGUGACCUCAGCAAAAGAGUUAGAGGAAGAAAUCUCAUCAGUGACCACUGCCCUUUUUCCUCUCCAUAAAACUUCCUUUUCUCCUUCUUUUUGGUGCAUCCUAAUUCAAGCAGCUUGAUUUAGAGAAAGUACAGAACAUGUGAAGCCACUAACAUGCUGUGUGACUUUAUGCAAGUCACUCCUCUCAAUGAGCCACCUCCGUUUCUUCAUCUGUGAAAUGGACAUAACAAUAAUACAUUACCUACCUCACAGGGCUGUUGUGAGGAUCAAAUGAAAUAAUCUAUGUGGAAUAAAUGAUAACAGUUA